AAUCGUCUGCUAAUCCAGAGUGAGCCGAUGUAUCACGAUUGUUGGUUAAUUGCAUGUCCAAAAGUUAAUCGAUUAAGCUUUAAACUUAAAUGACAAUCAAACCAGGCAGGUAAAAUGAAACUAAGAAGUUGACAACUAUUGACGUGUCAAUCCGCCCAACUAACUGUGUGACGUAAUUGAUGCGGUUUUACCUUAUUUCGAACCAUUAAGUCUGAGGAUGGCUGUUACAAGGUCUCAAAACUCCGGCUCCAGUCCAGAGGCCACACAGAAUUCAAGGGAGGAUUCAGGGGACACAACUCUGACCUCAGAAGAGAAACGGAUCCUUAAAGUCGUGUUUAUCUCCCUUCUGAUUGAUCUUCUUGCCUUCACUGUAAUUCUGCCUCUGCUGCCAUCCAUUCUGGACUACUAUGGGUCCAAAGAGGAUGGCCUGUAUAGAUCACUGAAGGACUCCGUGUCCAGUUUCAGAGAGCUAGUAGGGGCCCCAGACACUCCUCGCUGGAACUCUGUACUCUUUGGAGGUCUGAUUGGCUCGCUGUUUUCCCUGCUGCAGUUUGUAGCCUCCCCUGUGAUAGGUGCCACAUCAGAUGUGUACGGACGUAAACCUCUCCUCAUACUCACUAUGGUGGGUGUGGCAGUGUCGUAUGCCAUCUGGGCAGUGUCCAGGAACUUCGGUUUGUUUGUGAUUGCUCGCAUCGUAGGUGGUAUCAGCAAGGGUAAUAUCAGCCUCACUACAGCAGUCGUAGCUGACGUCCUGCCUCCACACCGACGGGGGAAAGGCAUGGCGGUGAUAGGGAUUGCGUUCUCAAUUGGUUUUGUGUUUGGUCCCCUGGUGGGUGCAGUGUUUUCUCGUUGGGCGCGUGAACAGCAGGGGGAGUUCUAUGUGCUGCCAGCGUUGUUUGCCCUCAUUCUGGCCACCAUUGAUGUGGUUUAUGUGGCUGCAGUCUUCAAGGAAUCACUGCCUGAACACCGCAGGGCCAAGUCUAUUUCAAGUGGUUGGCAGAACACGUCCUAUCUCAUCAAUCCAGUGUCCCUGUUCAAGUUCUCAUCUGUGUCCAAACUAACUACCAAAGAUCUGUCAGAGGUCCGUAAGCUGGGUCUGGUGUACUUUCUCUACCUGUUCCUAUACUCUGGACUGGAGUUCACCCUUACAUUCCUCACACAUAACAGGCUCAAUUAUGACAGUAUGCAGCAAGGAAAAAUGUUCUUUUUUAUUGGAACCAUUAUGGCCUCAGUUCAAGGUGGGUAUGUGCGCCGUGUGUCUGCUGGCAAGGAGAUACAGAUAGCUCUGCAGGGAAUCCUGUUCCUUAUUCCUGCCUUCAUCCUCAUGGCCUUCGCUCACACUGCCCUAUGGAUAUACACUGCACUAGCACUGUUCUCCUUUGCCUCAGCAACUGUGGUGCCAUGUCUGACAACGGUGGUGUCCAUGUAUGGGGGUGAUGACCAGAAGGGGACUAUCAUGGGCAUAUUCAGGGCUCUAGGGGCACUGGCUAGGGCUCUGGGACCCUUCUUCUCAUCAGCAGUGUACUGGAGCUGUGGGAGCCAUAUAUGCUACAUAGUAGGAGGAGUCAUGCUGGUCAUACCUUACUUCCUCUUGAAGACCAAGGGAGUCAAGACUGUCAAGACCUCCUAGCAGCCACACUGAAUAGCAGCAGCAUUCUCUAGACUUGUUGUUUGACAUUUUAAGUAUGUUAUUUGUAACAUAUAAGAUAAUUUUCUAAUCUUUUAAGCAUGUCAGAUAUAUUUGUUUUAUUUUUUCAACAGUCUUGUUGACGUACUACUCACACAAAAAAUCGUGUAUGAUUCUGUAUAAGUAAAUUGAAAUAUUCUUGUAAAGAAAAUGAUCAUUAUAAAAUGCUACUGCUGCAGAUAUACAUAUCGUUGGAAGGUGCUGUUAGUUGUGAGUGUAAAAUCAUUGUGUGUUCGUCCAACAUGAAUUUAAUCGUAUGCACGUAUUUAAUGAAACCCCUAAAUUGUAACUUAGGGCCAAUGAAUAUAUGUAAAGUAUUGAAUUCUAUGAGUUAAAAACAGACAUGAAAGUCUCUUUAUCAUGCAAAUAAUGUUUCACAAGUUCAAAGUUGCAUUUAUCACACGCUCCACAGUUUUUCUAUCUAAUAUAACCAUUUUGAUUUUUUUUCUUGAACAUUGUAUUGCUUUAUGAGGGUUUUCAUUGGCUACUUUCUUUUUUAAUGACCAAUAGUUUCUUUGUUUUGUGGAAAGGAUGUAGUAAAGUGAAGUGAUGUAGGUAAACCACUUUUCAGUUUUAUCAUGACAUUUACAUAUUCAUUAAUUGUUUUUGCUAAUUUAAAAGCAUGUGCUAAAAAUAUCUCACACCCCAUAUCAUAUCAUACAGUGAUCUCUUAAACUCGUCCAGGCUUUUUUUAGCAAGCUUUUCAAAGGCUCCAUUUUAUGAAAUGACAACUGUCAGAUCUUAUAUCUUGGUUACCAUCUUAGAAUGUCAUAGGUUGUUCACUAGGCAUUCACAAAUAUCUGCUCUAUUGGCAUGCUGUCAUAUGUGAACCCAAUGCUAUGUAGCACAUUGAUUUUCUGUUUAAAAAAAAACACAUAACAUGAGGCAAUUUAGUACAUUGACAAGUUUGCUUUUAAUGCAUAUUAAUUAUGGAUUCUUAUACAAUUUUCUUGUAACAUUAUUGGUAGCGUUUCCAUAAUGGUAUUAAAAUAUUGAUUCACAUUGUCUUAAAGUUUCCGUUGCUUUUUAGCUCACCUGAGCGCAAUGUGCUCAUUCCUGCUGAACUUUUGUGAUUGCGUUCUGUCCAUCAUUGGGCGUCAACAUUUGCCUUUAUGACACACUAGAAGCAACAUUUCUUUUCAGAUCUUCAUGAAACUUUGUCAGAAGAUUUGUCCCAAUGAUAUCUUGGACAAGUUGUAAAAUGAUUCUGGUAGGUUCAAAAACAUGGCCACCAGGGGGCGGGGCAUUUUUGCAUAUGUGGCUAGUAUUGUAAAACCUUGUAAACACUCUAUAGCCCACAUUUAUUUUCCAAUCUUCAUUAAACUUGAUCAAAAGAUUUAUCCCAAUGAUAUCUUGGAUAAGUUCGAAAAUGGUUCCAGUUGGUUGAAAAACAUGGCCGCCAGGGGGCGGGGCAUUUUUCCUUAUAUGGCUUUAGUAAAACCUUGUUAACACUCUAGAGGAAACUGGGUUAGAACAUUUGUCCUAAUUACUAGUAUAUCAUGGAUGAGUUUGAUAAUGGUUCCCGUUGGUUGAAAACAUGGCUGCCAGUGGGCGGGCGUUUUUCAUUAUAUUGCUAUAGUUAAACUGUGUUAACACUCUAGUGGCCGCAUUUAUUGGUCGAUCUUCAUGAAAGUUGGUCAGAAGAUUUGUCCCCAUGAUAUCUUGGACUUGGAUGAGUUCAAAAUGGUACUGGUUGGUUGAAACAUACCAGGGAGCUGGGCAUUUUUUCUAAAAUGGCUAUAAUAAAACCUUGUUUACACUCUAGAGGCCACAUUUAUUUCUGAUCUUCAUGAAACUUGGUCAGAAUAUUUCUCUCAAUAAUAUCUUGGAAUAGUUCAAAUAUUGUUCUAGUUGGUUGAAAAACAUUGCUGCCAGGGGGUGGAACAUUUUUCCUUAUAUGGCAAAAGUAAAACAUUUUUAACACUCUAGACAUCACAUUUAUUGUCCAAUAUUCAUGAAACUUGGUCAGAACAUUUGUUCUAAUGAUAAGAUGGGCUCCAAAAUGGUUUUGGUUUUUUGAAAUACAUUGCUGGUAGGGGUGGGGCAGUGUUCCUAAUAUGGCUAUAGUAUAACUUUGUAAACACUUUAAAAGUCAAAUUUAUAGUCCAGUCUUUUCUGAACUUUGUCAGAACAUUUUAUGUCAUGAUAUCACAGAUUAGUUCCAUAAUGUUUCCGGUCUUUUGAAAAGCAUGGCGGACAGGGUGCAGGGCAUUUUUCCUUAUAUAGAUAAACCUUGUUUACCCUCUAAAAUUCACAUUUAUAGUUAAAUCUUCAAGAAUCAUUUACAAAACAUUUGUUCUAAUGAUAUCUUGGGCAGCAAGGAGAACAGAUCAGUGUUUUCGUAUUUUAGGUGAGCGACUUUUGGCAUUUUAAGCCCUUUUGUUAUUGCUUUGAGAGUACAUUCCAUCAUUGUCAUCUUUUCAUGCAAACAUAUUUGUCUGUGCAUAAAUCAUUCAAAGAGUAAUCAAACAUAAAAAACAGUGUUCUAUUGUGACAUAAUAUUGAUAAUUUGUUGUAAAAGAUAAAACCUUAGGUAAAUAAUGUUUGUAUUUUGAGCUCAGCAUCCUAUGUUUACUCUUGUAUUGAAAAGGUGUUUUGACCGUUUGUAUGAGAUGCUCAAAUCUUCCUUGUAUGCAUAGACUGACUUGUAUUUGUGUUGUCAUAAUUGUGAUACAGUUAAUAAGUUCAUGACAUUAUAUUAAUGCGUAGAUAUGUAUAAAACAAUGUUUUUAUAACUGCCAGAGACAUGACUUUAUAUAGUUUAUUUUUAUAUGCACGAUAUUCUUGUUGCUAAAAUGUAUUUGCUUAUGUUGUUUUGUGCAAUGUUUUUCUUUAUACGUAUGGGUCUUCCAUAGUUCACUAUGUUUUCAUAUGGAUGGGUUAUUAAAUUUUAUUGAAUGUCUUCAGGGCCUUGGUCACGAUAUAUACGCAUUGGUCUUUCAUAGUUCAAUUUGCAUAUGGUAUGUGUUAUUACGUAUUUUUGAAAGUCUUAUUUUUCUGUAUUAUUAUGACACUGUUCUGUGUGUUUUAUAGUUGAAAGUUUUUAGCGCACCUGAGCACACUGUGCUCAUGGUGAGCUUUUGUGAUCGCCUUUUGUCUGUUGUGCUUGUGCGGCGUCAACAUUUGCCUUUUUAACAUUCUUAGAGGCCACAUUUAGUGUCCGAUCAUCAUGAAACUUGGUCAGAAGAUUUGUCUCAAUGAUAUUUUGGACGAGUUGGAAAAUGGUUCUAGUUGGUUGAAAAACAUGGCAACAAGAGGGCGGGGCAUGUUCCUUGUAGGGCUAUAUAAGCCUUUAGUAAUACCAUGUUAACACUCUAGAGACCACAUUUAUUGUCCAAUCUUCAUGAAACUUGGUCAGAAGAUAUAUCCCAAUGAUAUCUUGGAUGAGUUUGAAAAUGGUUGCAGUUGGUUUAAAAACAUGGCCACCAUUGUGCGGGGCAUUUUUCCUUAUAUGGCUAAAGUAAAACCUUGUUAACACCCUAGAGGCCAAAUUUAUGGUCUGAUCUUCAUGAAACUUGGACAGAACAUACGUCCCAAUGACAUCUUGGAUAAUUUCGAAAAAUGGUUCUGGUCUGUUGAAAAACACGGCCAUCAGGGGCAGGGCAUUUUUCCUUAUAUGGCUAUAGUAAAACCUCGUUAACACUCUAGAGGCCACAUUUAUUGUCCUAUCUUCAUGAAACUAAGUCAAAAGAUUUGUCCCAAUGAUAUCGUGGACGUGUUCGAAUAUUGUUUUGGUUUGUUGAAAAACAUUGCGCAGGGCAUUUAUCCUCAAUGGCUUUAUAUUACUAUAGUAAAACUUUGUUAAAACUCUAGAGGACACAUUUAUUGUCUGAUCUUCAUGAAACGUGGUCAGAAGAUUUUUCCCAAUGAUAUCUUGGACAAUGUCGAAAAAUGAUUCCGGUUGGUUGAAAAACAUGGCCGGCAGGGGGCUUGGCAUUUUUCUUAUAUGGUUAUAGUAAAAACUUGUUAACACUCUAAUUUUCACAUUUAUUGUCCAAUCUUCAUAACACUUGGUCAGAACAUUUUGGCUUUAACUAUGUCUUGGAUCAGUUCGAAAAUAGUUCCGGUCUCUUGAAAAACAUAGCCACCAGGGGUUGGGCAAUUUAUCCUAAUAUGCCUAUAAACGUUGUUAGCACUCUUAAAAUCACAUUUAUAGUUCAAUCUUAAUGCAACUUGGUCAGAACAUUUGUUCUAAUGAUAUAUUGGCGCUGCACUGAGCAGGUCAGUUCCUUUGUAUCUCAGGUGAGCGACUUUGGACCUUUCAGGCCCUCUUGUUUUUAAGAUCUCUUUAGCAUUUGAAUACCUGGUUAUAGAUGGCGCAUUUGUUAGGUUGUAUCUAUGGCUUUGUUAGUGAGAAAUUAUGUAAAAUCGCUGUAUUUCAUGGGUAACUUCUUAGUCAGAACUUAAGUCAUUGUUCCAUGUUUAACAGAACUAUUGAUGAGAAACAAUGUGACAGAUGCCUGUGUGCUAUUUUGCGAACCAUGCUCUUUUACUGUUCCAAAUGGCUUUCCAUAUUGAAUUCAUUUCGAAUUGAAUAAACUUUCAUGUAGAUACAUCAGCUUUUAAAUAAUUUAACUUAUAAAAUGACCUUUGCAUCGUGCUAAAAAUAAAUGCUGGUCGUUGAAGUUUUAGUUUUAUUAGCGAGACUGUUUUCGGAGAAAACCCGAGCUAUUGUCAUGGCCUGUUCGUCGUCCGCCGUCCGCCGGCGUCGUGUUAAAACCUUAACAUUGCCUCUAAAAUAAAAGUACUUCCACCUACAACUUCGAAACUUCAUAUGUAGAUGCACCUUGAUGAGUUCUACACGCCACACCCAUUUUGGGAUAACUAGGUCAAAGGUCAAGGUCACUUUGACCUCUUAAAAAAAAAUAAAAAUAAAAAAAAUAAAUUCUGACAAAGCUUUCGCGGCCGAGCGUGGCACCCGUUAUGCGGUGCUCUUGUUAAACGUCUUGCGCAUACUUUGCUAUGUUUUACAUUGUGUAAAUAUGGCUUGUCUAUUUAAUUAAAUUAAUCAGAACCUG